AUGUCCUUCUUCGGUGUAAUGGAGCAUUUGCCUGUCCAUCUGGCUGAGGAAGCAAUGAUUGUUGGAGCCGUCCAAUUUCGAUGGAUGUAUCUGUUAACACUUAAACGUUAUGUGAGUAAUUAUGCGCGUCCUGAGGCCUCAAUUGCUAAAGGGUACUUGAUGGAAGAAUGCAUGAAUUUUUGCACACUGUACUUAAAUAAAGUGGAAAUGAAACUUAAUAGACCAGCUUGUAGUGAUGAUGGUGGUAGACCAGCUUGUAGUGAUGAUGAUCGUGGUAGUGACUUUGGUCGUUCUAUAACUAAAGGAGUUAAAACACGGCUUGAUGAUGUUACAUGGACACAAGCACAUAGGUAUGUGCUAGUCAACACAGAUACCGUCAUACUAUUUCAGAAGUAA